CAGCAACCCUUCUUCGCUGUGCCAACCUCCUCCAUAACUGUACCUUUUGCCUACGUUUCCUAUAUUGCGCGUCCACCUGUGUAUAUAUUCACUCGGAAUUUUGCAACAAUGACAGCAGAUUCUGAUGCGUUUAAUGGUGCAGCACUGGCUCAAUUCGAGAGAAGCGGGGUAGAAGGGCGGGUCAAUAACAAAGCAGAGAAGGAAUGGGUGGUGCAAAAGUUUGGAGGCACAUGUGUGGGCAAAUUUGCGAGCAAGAUUGCAGAGGACAUUGUGAGACCCGGGCUAAGAAAUAACAAAAUUGCGGUUGUUUGCUCAGCACGAAGCACCGGGAAAAAAGUAGAAGGGACUACAAGUCGAUUGCUAGAGAUUUAUGGUAUCCUCCAAGCUGCCAAUUCGACCAAAGAUCCAAAUUCCGCUCACUAUCAGACGCUAGUCCACGAGUAUGAGCGGUUGGUCUGCCUUAUCCGCGAGGACCAUCUCAACGCUGCAAGGCUCGAAAUUAAAGACGAACAGAUUCAAGAAAGUUUGAUGAAAGAUAUCGAGGCAGAGUGUCGAGAAAUAUAUGACUUUCGAAUAGCAGCGCGAAGGUGGCAUCUAGAGAUAAACGAGAGAUGUAAAGACCGUAUGAUCAGUUUUGGCGAAAAGCUGAGUUGUAGAUUUAUCGUUGCAAUCCUGAAAGAUCGCGGAGUCGAAGCGGAAUAUAUAGACCUUGCAGAUGUCAUUCACUUCAAAAGCUGUAAAUCUCGAAGCCAUGUAUUCUAUAAGGAGAUGACCAUCAUAUUGCGAGAGAAAGUCUUGGGAUGUCGCGACCGAGUACCUGUCUUGACGGGAUACUUUGGUCCUGUACCCGGAGGGCUAAUGGAUGGUGAGAUUGGGCGAGGAUACACAGAUCUUUGUGCAUCACUCGUUGCCGUUGGGAUUAAAGCUAUUGAAUUACAAAUAUGGAAAGAAGUUGAUGGUAUCUUCACUGCAGAUCCAUCAAAAGUCCCCACUGCACGUUUGCUGCCCACAAUCACGCCAUCCGAAGCUGCUGAACUAACGUUUUACGGUGCUGAAGUUAUCCAUCAUCUCACUAUGGACCAGGUCAUUAACGCCAGCCCUCCUAUACAGAUCCGCAUCAAAAAUGUCAAAAAUCCCUCCGGUAGCGGCACAAUUGUUCUUCCCGACAAGAAGUUUUGCGGUGGUCAUUUAGCUCAUGUUCGCAGUCCAUCAGCCAACAACCCACGAAGGAUACCGAAGAGACCUACUGCAGUAACAAUCAAGGAUAAGAUUACAGUAAUAAAUGUUCACUCGAAUAAACGCUCCAAUUCCUACGACUUUUUUGCGAAAGUAUUCUCUAUUCUAGACAAACAGCGCAUGUCGGUAGACUUGAUUUCUACGUCUGAAGUUCAUGUAUCGAUGGCAAUUCAUUCUGCUAGUACUAGCGGAAAUGAUUUUCCAAAGGUGAGUCGUGAGCUUGAGGAAUUCGGAGAAGUCAGUAUUUUAGACAACAUGGCAAUCUUGAGUCUAGUCGGUGCAGAAAUGAAGAAUAUGAUUGGUGUUGCUGGCAGAAUGUUUAGCACGCUAGGUGAGAACAAUAUUAACAUCGAAAUGAUCUCACAAGGUGCCAGCGAGAUAAACAUCUCCUGCGUUAUCAGCGCGUUUGAAGCGGCGCGUGCUAUGACCGUGUUGCAUACGAGCCUCUUUACAUUUCUUGAAUGA